AUGUCUCUCCGAUCGAGCGUUUCAGCAUGUCUACUCCACUUGGCUUUGCUACUGGCAUUGAUCAGCCAUUGCAAUGCUUCACCAACGCACCUUCAGUCGUCCAGCGCAGCGAAACAUUUCCCCGCUACGGCCAGCAUCCCGGGCUUCUCCCUCAGACUCGGACCCGACACGGCUAGUGUGUGCAAUAGUUCGACCCCCGGUAUCACCGGCUUCAUUGACGCCAUCGACGGUGAUGAUGAGAGUCAUCUGUUCUUUUGGCUGUUCGAAAGUAAACACCGUCCUUCCAAUGAUCCCGUUAUACUAUGGAUGACUGGCGGUCCAGGAGCGUCUUCAAUAGGUUACGGCAAUCUCAUGGAACUUGGCCCGUGUCGAAUUGCGCCAGAAGGCGGUUAUACCAUAGAUAAUCCGUACGGCUGGAAUACGAAUGCGACCUUGAUCUUUGUCGAUCAGCCAGUAAGUGUCGGCUAUUCAACAGGAUCCAACAUACCCAGAGGUCUGCAAGAAGCAUCUCAAAUGAUGGAUCAAUUUCUCCGCCAGCUCAUGAUCGCCUUCCCUCAGUAUGCAGACCUUGACUUCUACAUUGCUGGAGAGUCGUAUGGUGGAUCAUGGGUGCCGGCAUUGGCUUCCACGAUACUUGAUAACCAGGCAGUUUCCCACCAUAAAAUCCCCCACAACCUCAACAGCAAUUCCGCUGCUACGGAUUUCGUGGUUCAAAAUAACGGACAGCAUGGGGCGUGGGAACAGUCACCGACCCAUCUACCGUCGUUGGUUUCGCCCAUCAACUUGAAGGGGAUUCUCAUCGGCAACGGACUAAUACGCCUUCGUGUUCAGAAUCCAGGAACUUUCGAAGCGCUAUGCUCUGGGCCCGAUAGUUUACUCAGUACCUCGCAGUGUCUGGAAUGGGCGCCAUUGAACCUAUGGUGUGAGAAAAAUCUGGGUGUCUGCGAAGGCACAGGCGAUGAUGAAGGAUGGCUAUCCCGAGCGUGCAUCGAAACACACGAAAAGUGUUCUUCCAUGAGCGGUUUCGUCGUUGAGAACAUGAAGCGCAACCCCUACGACUGGAGACGAAGUUGCGAUGACGGUCCUUCGGAGGAAUGCUACGCUGAAAUGGCACAUAUCGACGCCUUUUUGAAUCAAACCAAAGUCAAGGUCGCCCUCGGAGUUGAUGAAGAUGUCUCAUUUGAGGGUAGCUCGUACGAAAUCCUCAAGCAAUGGGAGAGGGUGGGUGACCUGUGGAAGUCUAGUGAUGCAUACGUUAACAACCUUUUAGAUGAGGGAAUCCGUGUUCUCAUCUACGUAGGUGACAAGGAUCUGUAUUGCAACGCAGCUGGAAUGCGGCGGCUAGUCAACGAAGGGCUCGCUUGGCACGGCCAUCCCUUCUUCCGCUUUCGAGAGAUGAUUCCUUGGUACCACGAGACUAAGCAGGCCGGCAGAUGGAAGUCUUACAAAGAGCUUACCUAUGCCGAAAUAUUCAACUCUGGUCACUUGGCUCCGUUUGACCUGCCAGCUGAGUCUGCAUCACUUAUUAAUUCGUGGAUUCGGGAUGGACACCCGCCAGCACAGUAA